AUGGAAUGUAAUAAAAAACGAUCAACUAAUAUUAAACUACAUAAAGAUAUCCCCAUUAUGAUCGAUGAAAUAGGAUUACAUAUAAAUCUUAUUUAUUUGAGAUUAAAAGCAGUCAAGUCUGAGCUAGGAGAUAGAAAGGUAAAAUGUAAGUGUAAAUUACCAAAAUUUGAGACUGAUAAUAGUGAUACAUCAGAUUCAAAUUGUUCCGAUAUUUUAUCCAAUGUUGUUUCA